AUGAGGACACUGUUGACGCCAACAGUCAGGAAAAGAAGAAAACAAGUGAAUGCUUUCACUCAACUUUUGACUCUUUGUUUUAUCUUUUUAUUGUUGCAUUCAAACAUUGUGUUCUCAGAAAAGAGUCAUCAUGACCGCUUUUCUCAUCCUCUCGAUGGAAGGAAUCUUUUAUUGGUGAUGAAGAACAGUGGAACGACAAGAUCUUCUGAAAUGACAUACGAUUCAUUCAUGAAUCCAUUCGACAAGACUCUCUCAUCCAUGGCAUGGGUCAACAACCACUUGAGAAGCAAUCAAGUCAGUCGAAUCCUUGUGAAUCUAUUUAUUCGACCUUCCACCCAAGUACUCCUCACCAAGAACAAUCUCAGAGCUUUGAGAACAGAAGUGUUCAGCAAUAGUCCAAUCUCUCAAGGAGACGAUGAACAACUCCUCCAAGUGGUAGCAGGUUCCAACAAUCGCAUCUUUACAAGUUGGCUUUCAUACCAAGAAUUGGAGGAAUUGUCCAAAAAAAAACAACAUCACCGAUUGAAAUUUGUGGAACGUGUGGAGAGAGUGCGAAAUGUUCAGCGAAUCAAUUUUCCUUACUUUUCCUUAGAGAGUCUCAAAUUUUCCACAUUGAGAGUGGACAUGGCAGAGUCCUCUCUUGGCAAAGAUUGUUCUUCCUCGUGUUCAUCAUCAUCAUUAUCAAUCCCCACAGCCUUUACUUUCAUGAAUCAAGUGAAGAUGAAAUUUUCAAAUCGAAUUCAAAACCUUCUCAGAGAACGAUUCAUUGAAUCAACCUUGUCAUUUAGAAACACUUUAGAAGGUCAAUCAUCAUCACCAUUCAUCAUCAAUAUGGAACGAAUGAUUCAGGAAUUGUCUGAUUCAUUAAGAUUAUCCAUUCAACCCAUUCAAACUGAACACGAUGAAUCCAAUAUCGAAGAGAAGAAUAUUCUUCGAAGGUCCUUUCGAAUUUCUCUUGAAAACUCUCUUCCCAAUCAGGAUUGGAUAAAACCCUUCCUUCCAAGCACCUCUGAAUUCUCCAUUCUCAAAAACAAUCCAGAAAAAUUCUUGUCAGAAUUGUACGAACAGAUGGGUGAAGAAUUUCUUUCCAUUCUUUUUGAGAACAAUGAACACAUUGAAAGAAUCUCUCGAGAAUUUCCACAAACUUUAUUGACUUUUGGAAGUAAUGAUGUUGUGCAAACUAAUAGUAGACUCUCUGAUACAAGAUAUUUAUGGAAUCAAGGAGUCACCGGAAAGGAUCAAAUUGUUCAUUUGAUUGAUUCUGGUCUCGAUGUGAAUCAUUGUUUCUUUUCAAAGAAAGGUGGUGUUGAAGAUUAUUACACAGUACCAAAUGUGAAUAAUCGAAAAGUAGUGUAUUAUGAGAAAGCAAAGUUAGGAGAUCGAAUGGAUAAGAAUGGACAUGGUUCUCAUACUUGUGGAAUUAUUGCUGGAAAUCCUGAAAGUAGUGCCACUUCGAGCGAUUCACCCAUACUGCAAGAUAUUGGAAUUGCCAAAGAUGCCAAACUUUACAUGACUGAUGCUGCUGUGAGUGUCCUCUUCUAUGUCGACAAUAUCACUCUAUACUUGUCCAAUGCGUACAAAGUUGGAGCUCGAAUUUCAAGUAACAGUUGGGGAAAUGCCAAUCCUUUGGAUUGUGUAUUUGAUUGUCAAUGUUUUGAAUCGAAUAGUAAUCGCACAAAACCAGUCACUAAUGAGUUUUGUUUGAAGCAAUACGGUAAAUUGUGUUGUCAAGUUGGAAAUGAAUAUGAUGUGAAUGCAGAACGAGUGGAUGACUUUCUGUUCAAGAAUGACGAAAUGAUAAUCAUCUUUGCAGCAGGAAACAAUGGACAUUAUGGAAGAGACGGCUCUGUGUUAUCACCUGCGGCAGCCAAAAAUUCGUUGGCCGUUGGAGCCAGUUAUUCCACACUUCGAGAAUAUUCAAGAAAGGAUCCCAAUGUGAAUGCUACCCUUUUCAAUCAUGAAAAUUUAGGAUAUUUUUCAUCCAGAGGUCCAACCUUUGAUAAUAGAAUUAAACCAGAAAUUGUCUCACCUGGUGUCGCCAUAUGGAGUGCAAGAGUGAAUAAUCCCUUCUGCGAUGCCUCUGCCUUAAUUCAGAAAACUGGAACUUCCAUGGCCGCCCCUUCCAUUGCUGGUUCCGCUGCAUUAAUUCGAGAUUACUUGCUUCAAAACAAUAAGAAGCGUCUUCUUCAAUACGAGUUGAUCAAUAAGUCUUCUUCUCAGACUCUGAGUGGCACAUUGGUGAAAGCCAUUUUAAUUCAUUCUGCCUCCACCAUGAAAGGAAGUGUCAAAUUGGACGGAGAUUUCACUCAGGAUAGAAAUUACGUGAAUCUCUCUCAAGAGUCAUAUCCAAACAAGUAUGUCGGGUAUGGAAGAGUGGAUUUAGGAAAUUUGUUGAGAUUUGGAGAUGCUGGCAAUUCCUUCUUUCUUGUGAAUCGAUUUGAAUUGGAUGCCUCUCAGAAAGUUUUAUUUAAAUUUAGAAUCAAAUCAUUGUUGACACAAUCAAUGCUCUUGAACACUGGAAUUAAGGCAACUCUUACAUGGUAUGAUCGAAAAGGGACACAAACGUCCUCCUCACAACCCAUUCUCAAACAAUUGAUUAAUGAUUUAAAUUUAUCGUUAGAAGUGAUUGAAAACACCUCUGGAAAUGUUACUCUUCGAUGUGUUGGAAAUGGAAAGUGUGUGAAUACUUUGGAUUCCAAUGGUGAUCUCGCUUACGAUUCAUUCAACAAUAUCGAAAGAAUUGAUUUGGAAAGAUUCUCAAACAUUCCUCCAAUAGAUUUGAGUCGUUCCUUGCUCACUUUUACGAUUGAGGCUUCUUCACAAAAUGUUGGAUCUCAGAAUUUCAGUCUUGUCGUGAGCAGUCAGGAGGAGAUUGAAUUAGAAUUUUUGGAAUACACUGUGGUGGUGUCGAGUAGUAGUAGUACAUCAUCUUCCAUCCAACACUUUUCUCUCACCUUCAUCCUCCUCCUUGUUGCUCUUCUCCUCACCAACUCCUGCCUUUAA